AUGGAACCCGAUCAAAUGCAAAGGUACACAUCGAAGUACCUUUUCAUCCCCAAGGGCAAUUCGCUGCCCAAAAUACUGUCAGAAAAUAUGGAAACGCGUUCCAUUACAUGUGCAUCACCCGAACAGCAUCCCUAUGAGCAUCCAACCGCGAGAAACACCCGGAUAUACACCGGUCCGGACUACUCCCCCUCCAAUCGUCGAGCUCAAUCCCUCUUCUCCCUUACCGUAUGCGAGAAUCGUUCCCAGGCAAUGGCAAUGCAUCUCUUAGAUUCCAUGGUGAUGCCCUCAAACUCUACAACCUACGAUAUCGUUGACCAUGCGGAGGAGGGACCAAUGGCCACACCUUCAAUCACAAACAGCCAACUAUCAGGGUCACACAAAGCCACUUUGGGCUGCAAAAUCGCUGUGGGCCUCUUCGUAGCGCUCUCAAUCUGUAUCCUCCUUUCGGUUAUUAUACUGGGUGUUCACUUUAUUUAA